AUGCUGACGCUUAUCGAUCGCUUCAACUCUCCGCCGGCGCAGACACUGCAAGUUCUACAGCCCACAUCGUCGACCAUCACAUACACCGUUUCGACGCGUUCUGUACCCAAGACACUUCCCGCCUCGGUAGCAUACUAUGCAGGGAUCUUGACGAGAGUGCUGCUGGGUAUAACUAGUGUCCUACUGUUAUGGAUAAAAUGGCGCGUCACACAAGCUCAAUCAUUGGAUCUGUCGUUGGGCGUAUUGAGCCAUGAGGCAGAAAGGCAACUAGUAAAGCUGGCAGAAGCAUGCCAAUGGCGGUACUUGGUACCCAGUACCUUACUCAUACUCUUCCUGGUCCUGCGCCGAAACUACACAGAAGAAUCUCUCACCGUACUUCGCGGCCUCGGUGUCCAGACCUCCACUACUUCCUCUACCUAUCUCCAGACGCCGACUACGCGCUUCAUACCGACAACGAGUAUACAGGACGUCUUCAUACACGAGGCGUUCAAGGGGUUCGAGGUCAGGUUCUUCCUCAUGAUCGUAGUGGAAGGAGAAGGAGAGGUUGUCGUCGUCUUCCCAAGACUGCUCCCGAGAAGAGCGACACUAGAGACUGUUUGGCGGGGUGUCAGAGGCGGAUUAUGGGAAGAUAGCGUCAGGGCGCAGAGAGAGAAAACAUAG